AUGAUUGAAAAUAACAAUAAUACUCAUUUAAUUAAUAGUGGUAGCAGUAGUGAUACUUCUUUACCAAUAGAUGAAGAUAUUUCUAUUAAAAAUAAAGAAGAUUGUAGUAAUGAUAAUAAUAAUAACAAUAAUAAUAAAAAUGAUGCAAUCAUAAACACUACCACGACACCAACAAUAGUUAACGAAAAUAAUUGUUCAAAAGUUGAUGAAGUUUUAGAAAAACCACCACAACAACAACCACAACAACAACAACCACAACAACAACAACAACAACAACAACAACAACAACCACAACCACAACAACAACAACAACAACAACAACAACAACAACAACAACAACAACAAUUAACACCACAACAAAUACAACAACAGUUAAAACAAAAACAAAUUAAAGAGAUAAAUGCUGAUUUUCAAAGAUAUUAUAGAGAGAUUGAAAGAGGUGAAUCAUCACCAGUUCAAUCAAUUCAAUCUUUAACAAUGAUAAUGACUGGUGUUCAUCCUGAUAGAGUUUUAGAUUCUGAUCAAAAGAAUUUAUUUGUUUCCCAAUGGUUACCAAAAUAUGUCACAAGUGUUUUAUCUUUAAAAAAUUUAUCAAAUGAUAUUAAACCGGUUAUAGCAAAUUUCUUAAAAACAGCAAUAGAAUUAGCAUUAGAAUAUUUAAAUUUUGAUUACCCAGAACUUUGGAUUUCUUUUUGUAGAAUUUUCAAUCCAGCCCAUUCAUUUUAUUAUAAUGAUAAAUUUGGUUAUACAAAAGAAGAUUUCACAGAAUUUCAAAAUUUUAAAUUGAAACCUGAUAAUUCGACAUCAUUUUUUUAUAUUAGAAAUUUAAAUAUUUUAUUUGAAAAUAAUUUUUAUGAAAAAUUAUUGGUAUUAAUUACAUUAAAACCUCAAUUAGGUAGACUUGCAUCCAUUAUGAAAUCUAUAUAUUUGUCAAGAGAUUAUUUAUCAAAUCAAUUUUUCAAUAGUUAUUUAUUUAGAUUAAAAGAAAUUUUAUAUAAUUACUUUUUAGAUUUAUUUUAUGAAGAUUUACCAAUACAAGAGAGAGAGUUAUAUAAAGAGAUUUAUCAAUAUAUUCAACAUUUAUUUUCAAUAAUUAUUUCACAAGGCGAAAUUUCAAGAAUGUCACAAGAAUUUGAUCUCAAUCGUGCAUUACGUUGCUUUCAAAGUGUUAACCUUGAAAAAAAAUUAAGAGGCCUUCGUUAUAUUACAAAAGAAUCUUCGAAAUGUUUAAAAAAAGAUACAGAUAAACAAAUAAUUAUAAAUUUUAUAAGAAAACAAAAACAAGAUAAUAAUAAUAAUAAUAAUAAUAAUAAUAAUAAUAAUAAUAAUAAUAAUAAUAAUAAUAAUAAUAAUGUAAAUUGUAAUUUUAAUAGUGAAAACAGUAAUAAUAAUAAUAAUAAUUAUAAUAAUAAUUAUAAUAAUAAUUAUAAUAAUAGUAAUAGUAGUAGUAAUAAUAAUAAUAAUAGUAAUGAUAAUGGUAAUGGUAAUAGUAAUGGUAUAAAUAAUAAUAAUAAUAAUAAUAAUAAUAAUAAUAAUAAUAAUAAUAAUAAUAAUAAUAAUAAUAAUAAUAAUAAUAAUAAUAAUAAUAAUAAUAAUAAUAAUAAUAAUAAUAAUAAUAAUAAUAAUAAUAAUAAUAAUAAUAAUAAUAAUAAUAAUAAUGGUAAUAGUAUUAGUAAUGGUAAUAAUAAUAGUAACAACAGUAAUAAUAGUAACAACAGUAAUAAUAGUAAUAGUAAUAGUAAUAGUAAUAAUAAUAAUAGUAAUAAUAAUAAUAAUUCAAAUGUAAAUAGUCCAAAUCCACAGAUUUUAUAUGAUUGGAUAUUAAAGAAUGAAAUAAUUGAAAAUUGUUGUAAAAUUAGUGAUCAACCAGAUAUUAUUAGACAUUGUAUACCAGUUAUGACAUUUCUUUGUCAAUAUUGUCAAUUUGAUAAUAAUCAUUUGAAAUUGUUAUGGAAUAGUUUAGUUGGAAAACAUGAAUCAAUAAAGAACAUUAUGUAUUCUGCUAUAUUGACAUUAGUAAAUUGUUUACUUUUUGAUCAAGUCGAAUUUUUAUACCACAAGAUACAUAAAACCAUCACUUCAAUGAAAACAUCCGAAUUUGAUAGUGACCUAUUAUUAUUCCUUUAUAAUUUCACUGUUCUCUCAAUUACACAUCCAGAUAAUUUACCAAUAACAAAUAAAAAAUAUUUUGGUGUUGAUAUAUUUUGGUCAUUAUGUACUCAAUCUCAAAUUUCACCUUCACCUUCUCCAGUAUUAUCACAACAAUCACAUGAUAAUAGCAAUAAUAGCAAUGGUAAUAAUAACAAUAAUAAUAAUAAUCAAUUAUCACAAAAUUUAUGUAUAAAAGCAAGAGUUCAUUUUAUUCAAAUUUUAAGAUUACAAGAAUGUUCAUCAUUAAGAACUCAAUAUUUAGAAGCAUCAAUUGAAAAUUUAAAAAAUAAUAUAUCAAUAGUUGAAUCAUUAGCAUUGAUUAUCAAUAUUAUUGAUCCAAAGAAACAAAAGACAUUUAUAGAAAUUUUAGAAUCAAAAUAUAAAAUAUUUGAUUUAUUCUUUAGGGAGAUUGGUAAUUAUAAAAAAGUUGCACAAGAAAAAUUAAAAUCACUUGUAAAUUAUUCACCAGAGGGUAACAACAACAACAACAACAAUAAUAGUAAUAACUUUAUAAAUUUAAAUAAUGUUACAUUUGUUGGUCAAUUUCCACAUUUAGUUCAAGUUCAAGGAAGAUUGGAUUUCUUGGAGUUUAUAUUAUCACAAUCCAAUUUAAUGUUAAAUAUUCAACAGGUUGAUAUAUUAUGGGAUUCAUUCAUUGCAAAUGCCUUAACUCAUGAAGAGAGAGAAUUAUGUUUCCUUUGGUUAAAGAAUACUAAAAUCUCUGGAAAUGCAGGUAGAUCAACCAUACCAGAGAAUGUCGUACGUCAUUUGUUUUUAGAUAAAAUGCCAAAUAUGGAUUGGAGUCAUUUAGGUCCUUCAUCUUAUAGUGUUUUUGAAAGAUUUUUUUUCUUUGUAAAUGAAAAAGCAGGUAAAAUUAAACGUAUACAAUAUUCAAUUUUUGGUUCAACUGGUGAAAUGUUUUCAAAUCAGUUAGGUAUCUCUUCAAAUUCUACAAAAUUAAAAUCAAUAAAUAAUGGUGGUAGUGCAAAUUCUUCACCAUUAUUACAAGCUGUAAAUAAUCAAAAUCAACAAUCAUCACAACAACAACAACCAAAUAGUAAUAAUAAUACACCAAAUGCAUCACCUCAUUCUUCACCUUUAUUAACUUCUGCGAAUAGUAAUAAUAAUAAUAUCAAUAAUAAUAACAAUAAUAAUAAUAAUAAUAAUAAUAAUAAUAAUAAUAAUAAUAAUAAUAAUAAUAAUAAUAAUAAUAAUAAUAAUUAUAAUAAUCAAAUACCUAGUGAUUAUAUACCAUCAGAUUAUUAUAUAGCAAGUACGGAAUUAAUGGGUAUUAGCUAUCUUUGGUCAAUUGCAUUAGAUUCUGUACAGGUAGAACUUAGUAAUUUAGCUAUAAAUACAUUAAAUACAUUGUAUCAAAGUGGUGAGAAUCAAAAAUCAUUGAAAUUUAAAGAGGAAUUUAUAAGAGUUUGUGUAGAUAAUAUCUCUAGAAAUUUAGUAAUGAUAAAAAAUCCAAAUUCAAGAGAGGAUUCAAUCAAUAGAAUUUGUAGAGCGUUAACAAUGUUAAAAAUAUUUAAAGAUACGAAAAAUUCAGAUAAUGGUAAUCUAAAUAAUGGUGUUAGUGGAAACUACUCAUUGUCAUCAUCACAAGAUAGAAAUAGAUUAGCAAUGUUAAAUAGAGGACAACAACAACAACCAUUAUCGAAUGCAGAUAGACCAUUUUCAUUUUUAGUUAAAUUCGAUAGAGGUGAUUCAUAUAUAAUUUCCGAUAUUUUCGGUACUGAUACUCUUAGAAUGUUUAAGAGAAAGGUUGCUUCAAUUUAUAAUGUUAUACCAAAACCAACUGUUAAAUCAUUAAAAGUUUACUUGGCUGACAAAGAAUUAAAAGAUGAUGAUAAAACAAUUGAAGAAUACAAAAUUUUAGAUUCAAAUGGUGUACAGUUAAAUCCAAUUUUUGUAAAACGAACAAUUUCUUCAACUACACAACCAUUAUCAAAUUCAAAUUCACCAUUAUUACCAUCACCAUUAAAUAGUUCACAACAAUCACAACAACCACAACAAACACAACAACAACAAGAUAAUAAUAAUAAUAAUAGUAAUAAUAAUAAUUCAAGUUCAAAUAGUAGUAAAAAGAAUGAUAAAAAAGGAAAAUCUAAAAAAGAUAGAUCAUUAUCUCAAGAUAAUGAUAAUGAUACAGAUAAUGAAGAGGAAGUAGAUGUAUUAGAGGAUGCACCAAUUGCCUCAAUUAUUAUUGAAUCAUUACAACAUCAAUUGGGUGGUUUUGGUUUAGUUGGUGAUUUAUUAUUAAGAAAAGUUCAAGAAUCUGGUAUGAAAUCAAAAUCAUCAUUUGGUAAUAGUGGAAAAUCAAAGAAUGAAGAUAUUAUAACUGCUAUUCUUUCAAAGUCAAUGUAUUUCGAACAAAUUUUCAAUCUUUUAAAUUUAGAAGAACAAAUUAUUGCAGAGAAAGCUUGGGAUAUUUUAUCAGAGUUACCAUUAAAUGAAAAAUUAUAUAAAGAAAUUAAAAAUUUAUCAUUUGAUUUAUCAAUUUUAUUCCCAACUCAUUCAAUCUUUAAAACUCAAUAUUCUUUAAAAAUUUUUGAAAAUGUUUUAAAACCAUUAACUUCUGUAUCUUAUAGUUCAAUUAAUAAUAAUAAUAAUAAUAAUAAUAAUAAUAAUAAUAAUAAUAAUAAUAAUAAUAAUAAUAAUAAUAAUAAUAAUAAUAAUAAUAGUAAUGGUAAUAGUAAUAGUUUAACAUCAUCAAGUGAAAGAAUGCCAGGUACACCAAAUACACCAUCUUCAAAUGGUAGAGAUAAUAGCAAUAGCAACAGCAAUAAUAGUAAUAGUGCACCACUUCCAUCAACUAAUUUCUCAUUAAGUGGUAGUAAUGAUGGUAUACCAAUUAUUUCAAUAAAUUCAUCGUCACCAAUUAAUACACCACAAUCUGGUAAUACACCACAACUUUUAUCACAACCAAAUAACAAUAAUAAUAAUAAUAAUAAUAAUAAUAAUAAUAAUAAUAAUAAUAAUAAUAAUAAUCUAUUAUUAAAUACACCAGAAGAGAUUAAAGAAAGAUUUAUUCAAAAACAAGGUGUUGGUUAUUUAGUUAAAGUUUUCAUUCAAACUCCAAUAACUCGUCAAAAAGGUACAAUAAAAAUGUUUGGUUCAAUUUUGAAAACUUUAUCAACUAUUACAUUAAGACCAUCAAAAGAGAAUUUGAAAGUUUCAUACUCUAUGCAAAAGAAAGAGUUUAGAAGUGAAACCUCUUAUUCUAUGGGACCCGAUUUCAUUCAAAAGGUUUUCUUGGUAAUUUCAACCAUUUGUCCAAUGAUUGAUUCAAACAUUCAAAAUAAACAAUUGGUUGAGGAUUUACAUAUUCUCUGUCAUUAUGGUUUGGAGAUAUUCAUUACAUCAAUACUAACCAAUAGUAAUAGUGGUGGUAAUAAUAUUUUGACAACUUUGAAAUCCUUUGAUUGGAGUCAAUGGUUAAAACUAUUAUUAUUGGAAUGUUCCGAUUUAACCAUUCAAGUUAAAGUCUCAAAUUUAAUAUUAAACCUAACAACCAAUUUCAAAUCGUCAGCUUAUUUAAAUAAUGGUGCAACCGUCGAUCAACAUCUAACCAUUGAUGUAUCAUUAUUCUUUUUGAAUAUACUAUUAAUGUUUUUACCACAAAUUAAUUUAUAUCAUUCAACCGCUGAACAAUUCUUUUGUUUAUUAUCAGAUCUUCUUUGUAUUGGUUAUCCUUCAUCAAAUUCAAAUUCUGCUUCAACGACUCCAAAAUCAUUAUCAAGUAAUAAUAUUGCAAGUCAAUUAAAUAUUCAACAACAACAACAACAACAACAACAACCACAACAACAAUUAUCAUUAUUACCAAUUGCAAAAACAAAUAGUACUGAUUAUGAAAGUGCAAAUUUAUAUGAUAGUCAUCAUCAAGAUAAGAACGAAUCAAUUGAUUUCGUUAGAAAUUUAUUAUCAAAUUUAAUUCAUCAAUUGAAAACCAUACAAAGUAGAGAAAAGACAGGAUCAAAUCAAAAAGAUCAUAUUUUAAUUGGUAUAUUGAAUGUAAUUCGUAGUUUAAUAAAGAGAAGAUCAUCAUUGAAACAACUUUGUAAAGAGAAACAAUUAUCAGAGUUCUUAUUUCACAAUUGUUUAUUCAUGACACCAAGUGCCAAUGAUCAUGGAUCAACUGAACAACCACCAUUAUGUAAAAUGAAAGAGACAAGAAUGGCAUGCUUUAGAUUAUUGAAAGAGUUGGCAAAGAAUGAUCAAACCUCUUUCUAUCAAGUGAUCUCUUUGAUUUCAAAUGAAAUCGAUUCAAUCGAUCCAAUUUGUGAAUGGAAUUAUUCACCACUUGAAAAAGAGAAAUCAAUCUAUGGUUUUGUUGGUUUAAAAAACCAAGGUGCAACUUGUUAUAUGAAUUCAUUAUUACAACAACUCUAUUAUUCACCCUAUUUAAAAAAUGGUAUUCUUUCAAUUAGUUUACAACCAUUACAACAAAUUAUUAAUGAUUUACAACAACAAUUAAAUUUAAUUCCAAAUGUUAUUGGUUGCAAUAAUAGUAAUAAUAAUGGUAGUACACCACCACCACAAACCCCAUUAAAUCAACAUAAUUUACAACCAUAUCCAACGAUGUCAAAUUCAAGUGGUACUGCUGGUGGUGGUGGUGGUGGUAAUAAUAGUAAUGGUAAUGGUAAUGGUAAUAAUACAAAUGGUAAUAAUCAAAAUUUAGAAAAACAUAAAGAAUUACAAAAAAAGAUUGAAGAUUAUAAUUUAAUGAAUCAAUUACAAUUACUAUUUAUUUAUUUACAAGAGAGUUCAAAGAAAUAUUAUGAUCCAUAUAAUUUUUGUAAAUCAAUUAGAAAUUAUAAUGGUGAUAUAAUUAAUCCAGGUAUUCAAAUGGAUGCUUAUGAAUUCUUUUUAUUAUUAUUAGAGAAAUUAGAGGAUUUAAUGAAGGAUAUGCCACAGAAAUCAAUUUUAAAGGAAAGUUUUGGUGGUGUAUUAACCAAUCAAAUCAUUUCAAAGGAAUGUACUCAUAGAUCACAUAGAGAAGAACCAUUCCUAUCACUAUCGAUGGAUGUAAAGAAUAAACGCUCAAUUGCGGAAUCAAUGGCAUCAUUUGUUGAUGAAGAGUUCCUAGUUGGUGAUAAUAAAUAUAAAUGCGAGUCAUGUGAUUCACGUGUAGAUGCAAUCAAACGUACAUUAAUUGAAAAGUUACCAAAUACUUUAAUUCUACAUAUGAAAAGAUUUGAAUUUGAUUUGGAUACAAUGAGAAAUAACAAAUUAAACGAUUUCUAUGAAUUCCCAAUGCUAUUGGAUAUUGAACAGUUUACAGUGGAAUCAGUUGAAAGAAGAGAAAAGAAUAAUAUAUUAAUGACAUCAAUCGAUCCAAAUCAAUAUCGGUAUUCAUUAUCAGGUAUUGUUUUACAUCAAGGUACAGCAGACUCAGGUCAUUAUUUCACAUUAAUAAAGGAUUCAACCAAUGGUAAUUGGUUUGAAUUGAAUGAUACAUUGGUACAACCAUAUGAUCCAAAUAGAAUUCCAUAUGAUUGUUUUGGUGGUUUUGAAGAGUUUAGAGAAAUCGAUAAGGAAACCCAAAAACCAAUCAUGGUAAGAAGACCAAAAACUUGCAAUGCCUAUAUGUUAUUCUAUAGUAAAGUAAAUACAAACUAUGGUGAUAAUAACAUUGCCUCAUUGGAAAGAGUUGACACUGUUAGUGAUACUACCUCUACCACAAUUGUUGCUGGAGCUGCUGGUGAUUUAACAAAUAAUGAUAAUAAUAGUGUUGGUAGUAGUAUUAGUGCAAAUUCAAGUUCAAAUAAUUUACCUGAAAUCGUAUUAUCAAAUGAUCACACCAAUACAAAUACAAAUACAAAUACUACAACUUCACCUUUAUCUACUUCAAUACCACCUUCACCUUCUCCAAUUCAACGUUCAAAUAAUAAUAAUAAUAAUAAUAAUAAUAGUAAUAAUAAUAAUAAUAAUAAUAAUAAUAAUAAUACAACUUUAACAAAUACUACAACUAAAAUAUCAAUGGAAGCAUUAGAAACAGUUUGGAAUGAAAAUAAAAUUUAUUUGAAAGAGAAAUUCCUUUAUGAUUUAGAUUUUGGUACAUUUGUAUGGGAUAUUGUUAAUCUUAAUCAUAAUCCAACAUUUGAUACUGUAGUUCCAACACUAGUGACAAACAUUAAUACAAAUAAAGAAUAUCAAGAUUUAAUUUUAUCAAGUAUUAAACUAUCAACUAAAUUCUUGAUUGAAAUUUAUGCUCACUCCAAAGAGACUAGAAUUAUCGAUGUUUGGGGAUACCAUAUCAAGAGAUUAUUAAGAGAAUCAAUUAAUGGUGCAGAAUGGUUCAUUUCUUAUUUGGUUGAAAAGAAACAAUUAUUAAAAGGUAUCCUAGUGACUUGUUUAUUCGAAAAGACUAAAGCCACUUUUGUUGAUUUGGUCACAUUUGCUGUUGCCUUAAGAAAGAAUUCAGAUUUACCUCAUAGUAGAAAUCAAUUAAUACCCUCAGUCGUAUCAUUAUGUAAUACAUUGAUGGCAAUGGUUAAAUGUUAUAAAGAAUAUUCUAAACGUACCGUUCAAAGAUUACUUUCAUUAUUAUUAAGUAUUGUUUCAGAUUGUUCAAUGGAAAGGGAAUAUCUCUUACAAAAAGGUAUCAUUUCAAAACUUGUAGAUACUUUUAUUGGUACUUACAUUUUAAAUAAUAAUGGUGGUUAUAAUAAUAGUAAUAAUAAUAAUAAUGGUUAUAAUAAUAAUAACAAUAAUAAUAAUAAUAAUAAUAAUAGUAAUAAUAAUAACAACAAUAAUAAUAAUAGUAAUAACAAUAAUAAUAAUAUAUUUACAGAACCAAAUAAGAUUUUAGAUUUACUUAGUUAUUUAAUUAGACAAUGUCAAAAUGCAAUUGAAUCUGUAAUUGUUCAAACACAAUUAACAAAUUAUCCAUCAGAAAAAGAUAGAACUAAACCAUUGAUUCAUAUUCUUUUAGAUAAAAAAGCUCCAAUUAGUGAUUCAAUUUAUAAAUCAUAUUCAAAUUCUUUAGUUUCACUCAAUGGUAAUGGUAAUAAUGAAGAAUUACAAUUAUAUAAUAGUGGAAAUGAACAUAUUAAUGGUAAAAGAAAUUAUUUAUACAUUUUCUCUGAUACAACAUUUGUUUCAAUUUUAUCAAAAGCAUUUUUAAUUAAAUCAAUUAAAGAGAAUGGUUCAAGUGAUUCAGUGAAAUUAAUAAUUAAACAUUUAUCAUGGAAUAAUAAAUCUGUAUCAACUCAUUAUUUGAAUGUUAUUAAAGAGACUUUAUUGAAAUCACAAGUUCAAUUCUAUUGGAAUAUUCUUAGUGCAUUAACAACUUUACUAGAGAUACCAGAUGCAAUUGCCGCUUGGAGAAUUGAAACUUCAAUGGCUUCAUUAUUACGUUUACCAGAGAAUAUGAUUUAUAAUCAAGAUGGUCAUGAUAUUUUCUUGAAAUACAUUACAAAAAUCACUGGCUCUCCAAAUUAUUCCUCUGCAAAUUAUGCUGCAAUUUCAAAUUUCCAACCAAUUCUUAUUGAUGAAUUCGUUUCUUGGAAACAAAAACAUAAAGAAAUUAUCAUCAAAACUAUUAAAGAUACUUAUUAUAGAUAA